UUAAUAUAAUUUUUUGUAUUAAAUAUCAGUAGUUAUGAGCUGCAGUGUCGAUCGAAAUUAAAUAUAUAUGUAUCUAUAUGCAUCAGUAUUGUCUAAAAUGCGAAUACCGAAUAUAUAAAAUAAAAGAAACAGUGUAAAUGAAAAGAUUAGAAAAAGAAUAUUUAGCUCAUGCAUUAUUUUAUAUUCGACCAAUUGUAGAUGCUUUCAAAAUGACGGCGGGCACUCGUAGUUCAGACUUAUCGCAAAUAGCCGUGAAUGCCAACAACAUACCAAAUGAUAGUGUUGACUGCGGUGUAAAACUAUUUGGUUGCUGUAAUGGCCCAAAGUGCCUCAAAUUGGCCCGAUUACGCACCUUUGUUAUUGUAUUGGCCUGCGCAGGUGUGGUGCAGGGAGUAUGCGAAACUUACUUCCGCAUAUCGGCAAAGGAAGCAGCACUGGAGUACGAAUAUAAUCCUAUACUGGUUGAAUGGCUUAUCGUUAGCAGCGGCAUUAUACAAGCUUUGUUUGCUUUGGGCUUCGCACACUUCGCCUUUAAAAUGCAUCCCAUAAGGUGGUUAUCAGGCACGAUCAUCGCACAAUCGAUCGUCUGUGUCAUAGCUGCCAUACCAGCUAUAAUAAGCUUCUCCGAUAGUGCAGCAACAACUACCAGCAGCACUAGCUUAACUCUUUGCACCAUUGCACCAUAUCAGCAGACGAUCCUUACUGUGCAACAGGCCCAGCUUAGUACACUUAUACUGCUUUUCGUUCUUCAAUUCGCUCUGGGCUUUGGCAGUUUGGCUUUCUACACAAUCGGUGUCACAUAUUUAGAUGAUAACUCGCAGUCGAUUGACAGUCCCGCCGUGAUAGCGACAGCAUUGGCCGGACGCAUCUUCGGCUUACAAGUUGGUUCAUUUCUUGUGAUGGGCGUUGGUUUAACAACGCUUGGUUGGUGGUUGGGUUGGAUUAUUGUGGCACCAUUAGUACUAAUAAGUGGCAUAUUGGUGGGCCUCUUUCCGAAACGACUACCUAAAACGGUGAUACACCAAGCGGCUCAACGCAUUAUCGAAGAGACGCAUACACGCACAUUUGGAAGUCAAUUUUCCACCUUCAUUGAUGAUGUGGGCUUUUGGCCUUCUAUGAAACGCUUAGUCACCAACAAAUUAUUGAUGUGCAAUCUAUUGGGCAUAAUGUUCAUUAUGUCGGCAUAUGUUAACUUUGAAUUGCAAGAGGAGUCAUAUUUGCAAUCGAGGUUCUUUUUGCCCUACAGCGAGGACGAUGGACUAUUACAGGAAUGGGAGGCUCGAUUUGUGGCGUACUUCUUGCGGCCACCAGUUGCAGCAGUGGGGAUGGUGGUGCUGGGACUAAUUAUUGCGAAACUUAAGCUGUCAGGCAGGGCCAUAAGUGGAGUUAAUGUAAUGUUGGGUAUACAUUUAUUAGCUAUAUUCAUUGGGAAUAUUUUCAUUAAAUGUGAUGUUGGUGGUAUCGCUGGUGUUAGUCAAGGCAAAGUGCUUCAGCCUUUUUGUUCCAGGCAGUGUACCGGCAUCUGUCAGGCGACUACUUUCCAACCCAUUUGUCCUGAAAACUCCACAGUCACGUACUUUUCAGCCUGCUAUGCUGGAUGCUCACUUACUACGACCAUCAAUAAUGUGCAGAUCUAUGAAGGUUGCACCUGCUCAUCGAACUCCAACGCGGAGCCGCAGGGAAAUCUGCGUGCAACAGAGGGUGCUUGUAGUUUGGCGAACUGUCAACGCAUGUUGAUCGGCUUUCAGGUACUAAGCUUGUGUGCCGCCGCUGUUUUGGGCGCCAGCAUCAUUGGAAAAGUAAUCAUAACUUUGCGCAGCGUGUUGCCGCAAGACAAAGCUUUAGCUUUGGCAACACAAAUUACGCUCUUCGGCUUAUUCGCCUAUAUACCAGUGCACGUCGCUUAUGAUAUGGUCACAAGAUCCACCUGCCUAUACUGGACAUCCGAGUACAAAAUUUGCUUGUUGCGCGAAACGCCAAAACAUGGCAACAUCUUAAAUAUCAUCACAGCUUGUCUAAUUUUACUUGGCAUUAUAUUCGACAUACUUGUAUACCUUUUCGCAAAAGAUCUUAAUGUAUAUAACUGUAAAGCAAUCGAUCCGAAUUAUUCACCUUCACUUUACUCCCCCGUUCCACGUGAGGAUCCUCACACUGCUGGUGUUCAGUAUGCUGUUGGUGGAAGUCCUUCCACUACAGUCACAAGUGAUUCGCCAAUGCGACGCCAUGACUCAGAACAAACACGUCCAGCACCUAAAUCUGAAGGCAUCUCCGUCUUCCGCAACCCCAGUUCACUGACCAAUUCUUCAGCGGGCGAAAAUAGUGUACAAGAGAAUAAUAAUAAUAACACGGGAAUUACUUAUGCGCAAGUUGUCUUUCCCCCAGACAAACAUAAAGCUGAUGAUGGCACCACCAGUCCCAAACGUAUGGCUGUAAGAGCUGAUGUACCGCUACAUCAUUUGUCAGCGCAGGAUGUUCGUGCGCAACUUGGAAAUCUGAAAUCAUUUAACAGCGAAAUUUUGGUGGAUAGUAAUGAAGCUGAUAACCAGAAGAAGGGGCAAAGUGCUGAAGAGAAAACACCGUUGGUAGUAAAUAUUCCUGCGGCAAAUGAGGUUGUCGCGAAGGAACCGGUGACGCCGGUAGCAGGCGUUAAAGUUCUUCCGCCAGUGGCUCCAAAGCCGAAGAAAAUGGCAACAACGCCUAUAGAAACAGAUUUGAACAAAAUUGAAGAGGUGCCAGCUAGACCUUUGAGUCCGGAGACGGAUUUAUAGAUAAACUUACAUACUUACAAAUGCACUUACCAUUCACACAUUAAUUAGUAUUUACUGCAGGAAAAAUAUCUUCAAAACAGUUUCACGAUUAGUGCUAAGUUUACAUUAAUUUUUUGUAAGAAA